ACACCGUAGUGAAGAAGACAUCGGGGGAUUGUGUGACUCCCAUCAUCCAGGAGUCAGAAGGGUGGAGCAGGUUCUCCAUCACCGAGCCUCCCGCCUUGAAUCUUGAGCAGAGGAUCCUAGAACUCACCCACAAGAUGAUGGAGCUGUUGACUGGAGAGGUUCCUGUAAGGUGUCAGGAUGUGGCUGUCUAUUUCUCCUUGGAGGAGUGGAAGUAUAUAGAAGGAUCCAAGGAUCUGUACAAGGAGGCCAUGAUGGAGAAUGACUUACCAGGGAUGGAUGAGGACAGAAGCCACAUGGCUGCGAGAAUAUUGGACCUUACCCUGGAGACAAUCGGCCUGAUAACCGGAGAGCAUUGCAUUGUAGUGAAGAAAGUGCCUGGAGAUUGUGUGGCCCUCCAUGUGUCUGGGGGAUGGAGUGGGAGCCAGGGCCCCAUCACAGAGCCUCACCCUCUGAUACAUGAGCAGAAGAUCCUAGAACUCACCCACAAGAUGAUGGAGCUGCUGACAGGAGAGGUUCCUGUAAGGUGUCAGGAUGUGGCGGUCUAUUUCUCCAUGGAGGAGUGGGAGUAUAUAGAAGGACACAAGGAUCUGUACAGCAAGGCCAUGAUGGAGGACCACCAGCCUUUUCUGUCACUGGAUGGAUCCAGUCAGAGAAAUCCACCAGAGAGAUGUCCCCAUCCUCUAUAUUCCCAGGAUUGUCUGGAGGAAAAGCAAAGUCUGGAUGAUCAGACAAAGUCCGGUGGAACGAUGAGUAGACUCGGAAAACCCAAAAUCGUGUCAGCAAAUGGUGAGGACUAUUCACCUUGUUAUGAAGUUGACGUUAAUCAUUCACAGAUCGUGAAAAACAGAACUGCACAUAAACGGGGUACACUUUUUACAUGUUCCGAAUAUGGGAAAGAUUUAAAAAAUAAAUUUAAUCUUUCAAUGCGCAGAAAAAUUCACACAGCUAAAAGGCGAUAUUCAUGUUCAGACUGUGGGAAAUCCUUUACUAGGAAACUCACUCUUGUUGGACAUCAAAGAAUUCACACAGGAGAGAAGCCAUUCUCCUGCCUGGAAUGUGGGCAGGGUUUUAAGCUUAAAAGUUAUCUUGAGAGACAUCAGAGGAUUCACACAGGAGUGAAGCAAUAUUCAUGUUUAGUCUGUGGAAGUUGUUUUAGGCUUAAAUCGAGUCUAACAAAGCAUCAGAGGUGUCACACAGGAGAGAAGCCGUAUUCAUGUUCAGAAUGUGGACAAUGUUUCAGUCAGAGAUCAAUCCUUGUUAAACAUCAGAAGAUUCACACAGGGGAGAAGCCGUAUUUGUGCUCAGAAUGUGGAAAAUGUUUUACACAUAAGUCAAAUCUUGUUGACCAUCUGACAACUCACAGGGAGAAGUCCUUUUCAUGUCCAACAUGUGGGCAAUGUUUUCAACAAAAAUCAAGUCUUGUGGGACAUCUAAAUAUUCAUUCAGAGGAGAAGUCCUAUUCAUGCUCUCAAUGUGGAAAGUGUUUUAAGGAGAUAUUAGCUCUUAUCAAACAUCGCAGCACUCACAAAGGGGAGAAGCCUUAUUCGUGUACACAUUGUGGGAAAUGCUUUGGCCAGAAAUCAAGUCUUGUUAGACAUCAGAAAAUUCACACUGGGGAGAGGCCUUAUUCUUGUUCAGAAUGUGGGAAGUGUUUUAACCAGAGAUCUAUCCUUGUUAAACAUCAGAAUAUUCACACCGAGGAGAAGCCUUAUUCAUGUUCCGAAUGUGGAAGGUGUUUUAAACAGAAAUCCACUCUUCUUAAUCAUCAGAAUGUUCACACAGGGGAGAAGUCAUAUUCAUGCUCAGAAUGUGGGAAAUGUUUUAGAAGGAAAGCGAGUCUUGUUAUACACGAGAGAAUUCACACAGGGGAGAGGCCAUUUUUGUGUAUAGAUUGUGGGAAAUGUUUUAACCAGAGAACAAGCCUCGUUACUCAUCAGAAAACUCAUGCUACGGAGAAGCCAUAUUCAUGUUCAAAAUGUGGGAAAUGUUAUAUGCAUAAAUCAAGUCUCGUUAUACAUGAUAGGAUUCACACAGGAGAGAAGCCGUAUUCAUGCUCCGAAUGUGGAAAGUGUUUUAAACAGAAAUCAACUCUUGUUAAACAUCAGACUGUUCACAUAGGGGAGAUGUCCUAUCCAUGCUCAGAAUGUGGGAAAUGUUUUAGCAGAAAAGCGAAUCUUGUUAUACAUCUAAGAAUUCACACAGGGGAGAGGCCAUUUUUGUGUAAAGAAUGUGGGAAAUGUUUUAACCAGAGAUCAAUCCUCGUUACUCAUCAGAAAACUCAUGCUACGGAGAAGCCGUUUUCAUGCUCAAAAUGUGGGACAUUUUUUACCAUUAAAUCAGAUCUUGUUGGCCAUCUCAAAAGUCACUCUAAAGUGAAGCAGUUUUUGUGUCUUGAAUGUGGGAAAUGUUUUCAUCAGAAGUCGAGUCUUGUGGAACAUCUAAAUGUUCACUUGGAGAAGCCAUAUUCAUGUCUAGAAUGUGGGAAAUGUUUUAUAUAUGAAUCAAGUCUUGUUAUACAUCAGAGAAUUCACACCAAAGGGGAGAAGACAUUGUAACGCCGUAGGAAAUAUGGCUGAUGUGAGCUCCCUGUUGGACCUGCUGCCUCCGGAUAACCAUUACUGCUUAACACGGCAAGAUUUCUGGUGGGAUCCUAGUGAUCGAUGUUGUAUGUACAUGCCCUGAACCAACAUCCAUAACUGUCCACAAAACUCUUGGAUUGAGAAUAUCACAGUCUUAUUAAUGAGAAUAAUUUCCCCAGUAAACUGUUACGAGUAAAAUAUAUUUAUUGAAGGAUCAUACAGUAGAUACCAUUAACUACACUGAGCAAAAAUAUAAACACAACACUUUCGGUUUUGCUCCCAUUCUGCAUGAGCUGAACUCAAAGAUCUGAAACAUGUUCUACAGACACAGAAGACCCGUUACUCUCAGA